AUAAUAGGGUGUCACGUGCAUAUAUUGUAAUAAUGAUAUAGUAUAUAGUGAGGUGCAGCGUCCUUGUUCUUGUUCUCAUUGUUAACAUCGAUCACAUUGCAGUUCAAGCUUCAAAGAUGGAAGAAGCUACACAGAGGUAUGCAGUUGUGACUGGAGCUAAUAAAGGAAUUGGAUUAGAGAUAGUUAAGCAGUUAGCUUCAGUUGAUAUCAAGGUUGUGCUAACAGCAAGAGAUGAGAAGAGGGGUCUUCAAGCUUUGGAAACACUCAAGGACUCAGGUUUAUCUGACCUUGUGGUUUUUCAUCAACUAGAUGUGGCUGAUGCUGCAAGUGCAGCAUCUCUGGCAGAUUUUGUCAAAUCCAAAUUUGGGAAACUUGAUAUUCUGGUGAACAAUGCAGGAAUUGGUGGAGCUGUAAUUAAAGACAAUAAUUUAUACAACUUAGCUAUCUUUAACAUUGUGGAGUUAUCAGAAGAUGAGCAGAAUAAGGCAAUCCCUCAAACAUAUGAGUUAGCUGAAGAAUGCUUGCAAACAAAUUAUUAUGGUGCUAAAAUCACUACUGAGUCCCUUCUACCUCUCCUACACUUAUCUGAUUCACCAAGAAUUGUGAAUGUAUCAUCCUCCUUGGGGCAGUUAGAGUGUGUAAAAAAAGAAUGGGCUAAAGGAGUCUUUAGUGAUGUUGAUAAUCUUACAGAAGAGACAGUGGAUGGAGUAUUGAAAAGGUUUCUGAAAGAUUUCCAACAAGGUUCAUUAGAAAGCAAAGGUUGGCCUAAGAUUUUCAGUGCCUAUAUUGUGUCUAAAGCUGCUAUGAAUGCCUAUACAAGAAUUCUUGCCAGGAAAUACCCCACUUUCUGCAUCAAUAGUGUUUGCCCUGGAUUUGUCAAGACAGAUAUAACUGCCAAUAAUGGCUUGUUAACUGUUGAAGAAGGUGCUGCUAGUCCUGUAAGGCUAGCACUGUUUCCUAAUGGAAGCCCAUCUGGCCUCUUCUAUCACAGGGGUGAAGUGUUACCCUUUUGAUGGGUAAUAUAUUUUUAUGGAUUGAAGACAGAUUGCAUUUUGAUUAGUAUUUUAAUUUUUGGAUUGAAGUCAGAUUGCAUUGAAAA